AUGACAUCAACUUCUAGUGAUGAUGGUGGGUCAGAUGAUGAGUUCGAUGUGGAUCCACCUCGAGAGCCCGGCCCUGAUGGCCCAAAAGUUGUAUUAUUUUCUGAACCGGAGCCUGUUCUAACCAUACCUGAAGAUGUUGAAGGGGGUUCAGAUGAAGAAGAAGAAGAAAAUCCACGGUUCAUGGUAUUCUCGCCUCCAGCCCACAUGCAUAAUGUUGAUCUAUCUCAAGAUGAUGCGUUGGAGUUUCCAAAUCUACCACACAGAGGGCAUGACCGUACAAGUUCUUCAUUGGAUUCGGGUGAAUUGGAAGUUGGUAAGGAGUUUUCCAAUAAGGAUAGUUUUCUUGGUGCAUUGAAACAACAUAACAUCAUGAAUAGGGUUAACUACAACGUGGUUAAAUCGAAAUACGAUAAGUUUGAGGCCAAGUGUACAGUGCAAGAUGACACAUGUUUAUGGAAAAUCAUGGCCUCGUUGAGGAGAAAGACAGGCUUGUGGGAGAUAAAAAAGUACAAAGGUGUUUCACAAAAUCAUCCUAGGAUGGAUUCAGAUAUGUUAACUAGCUUAAUACUACCGACGGUGAAGGCAGAUCUCAGAACUUCAGUACCAGUAUUAAUUGCCAAUAUUCAUAGCCAAUUGAAGUACACGCCCUCCUACCGCAAGGCUUGGAUAGCUAAGCAGAAGGCGUUGGAAAAGAUGUAUGGUGGGUGGGACACUUCUUAUAAUGAAGUGUGGCAGUGGUGUCAGGUGCUGGAGAGAUAUGUCCCAGGUUGCAUAAUAAACCUUAAAACGGCACCUGCAUACUACAACGAUCGAUCGCUCCGUGGAUGCCACGUGUUCAAGCGUCUGUUCUGGAGCUUUAAGCAAUGCCGAGACGCAUUUCUAUACUGCAAGCCAUUUGUACAAAUUGAUGGUACCUUUAUGUAUGGUAGAUACACUACAGCAAAGCAGGUUUUUAGCGGUGUUUUUAGUGGUAUUUGGACCAAAAACGCUGUAAAAGGUAAAGCAUUAGCCGCUGCAAAAGGUUUGGUUCUUUGUCUCACUUGGAAUGUGGUAGUUGUUACUACAGUCUGGAUCAAAAGAGAAGGUGGGUUUUCAAAGGAUGCAUGGGACAUUGCUGCUGAAAUUUGCCUUUCUCAACUUCCAUCAUCGGUUGAGGAUCGUAUGAUCAUUGGUGCAGUAGCUUUAACUGACAAGUACUUAUGCAGGUCUGGAGCAGGUCAAUCAAGAAGCUCUGUUGGAAUUAAACUGACAAGGUAUGAGAUAAGUAAGGACUGUUUUCAUGAAAUGUUGGCGGGUUUGUGUUCAGUUAAUGAAGGCGCAGACUGCCUCUGCAACAUACCUUUCGAACAUUGGACACAAGCAUACGACGGCGGCCUACGAUAUGGUCAUAUGACCUCAAACUUGGCUGAAUGUAUAAAUUCUGCUCUAAAAGGAACACGUUAUUUACCGAUAACAUCAGUUGUGUGA